GCGCUCGGAAGCACCGUGACCUACAAGUGCGACCAGUUCUACAUCCUGAGGGGAUCGAGCGUUCGGACCUGCAGGAAGGGCGAACAAUGGACGGGUCACAGUCCGUUCUGCGAGGCCGAAUGCGGCAGGAAGGUGCAGCAGGUGAAACUGUCGGCGGGGGGGAAGCCAGCGACGAAGGGGGAGUGGCCAUGGCAGGCGGCCCUCUACGACGGAGAGAGGAAGGAUCUCGUCUGCGGGGGAGCGCUCAUCGCGGAGCGCUGGGUGCUCACGGCGGCGCAUUGCAUCACCGUCGACGGGACCACGAGGACGCGGAGCGCGAAGGACUUCGUCGUCUACCUGGGGAAAUACUACAGGAACGACUCCCUGGACAACGAACACGUCCAGCGGAGAAUGGUGUCUGAGAUAUUCAUGCCAGACUUCAGUCUGCUGAACUUCGAUUCGGACGUCGCUCUCCUGAAGCUGGAAGUCCCGGCGCUGCUCACCUCGCAGGUCCAGCUGGUCUGCCUCCCGGCCCGGUUCGAGGACUCCAAGCUCGAGAACGGGACGAGAGGAUGGGCUAUUUUCAUGAAGCCAGUCUAUUUUCAUGGAACUACGCUAUUUUCAGUGCGAACAUUGAUCGUUUCCGAUGUUCGGUGGCAGGUGGCUGGUUGGGGCCUGAACGGCUCCAAUAAGCGAGACGCCACCCUGACCCAAGUGGAGCUCCCGAACCAUCAAUCCCAUCCUGAAAAAAUCGGCAAACGCUUCCCCAAAUCAAUUGCACCCGACUUUUCGGGCGAGUGCCAAAACCCACUGAAAGAGGGGAAACCGGGUGUGUCGCAAAACAGAAUACCAAACGGUGUGCCGCGGGGAUUCGGGCAGCCCAAUGGUCUUCCCCUCGCACCCAUCGCUGGAGAGCCGCUGGUCGGUGGAGGGCAUCGUGAGCCACUUCUUCAGCAAGGAGGAAUGCUCGGCGAGGCAACCCGGCCAAUACAGCGUAUUCACUCGGGUCAAUCGGUUCGUUCCGUGGAUCGAAGAGACGAUGUGGAAGAACACUCGAUGAAGACU